AUCAAUUCCGCCAGAUCCGUGGCUGUGUCAGGCAUCAUUCAUUCGCAACUCCACAAAGGCGGUAGCGGGCCAUUCCAUCGAAUCCACUUGCAUAAUUCCGAGUGGUUACAAUGAGUGUGGAGAGGAGGCAGACCCAGCGACAGCGCCUCCGCAUCGCGUGCGACCCAUGUCGGGAUCGCAAAAGAAAGUGCGACGGGAACCGCCCCUGCAACAUGUGCAUUGGGUAUGGAUACGAAUGCUUGUAUCGCUCUACGCCUCGCAGUCGACGAAGCCGAAGAGGCACAAGUCAGUCGCAGGCCAUAGCUGCGCAGGAAGAGAAUCCGUCAUUGGUUGGGGGUACACCGCUGGUGCACCAACCAUCACACGAUGUUUCCAUGCGGCUUCAAGAGUCGCGGCCCCUACAAGAGCGAGCGCAAGAGCAAGUAGGUCGACCUUACUACCUACGGUCUGUCCAGAGCAACUCUGGUGCCGCAUUUGUGCGGCUCCUUACAAUGACGCUCGAGUCGACUCAAAGUGUCUCACCGAUGCGAAUGCUGGCGUGGAACCUGUUCAUCGGAGAAAGACAGAAUACAAACACCAUACAGGCCACGUACGUUACCGAGAUUCUGACUGAGCAGGACAUGCAGAGCCUUGCGGCGAUCUAUUCGGCAAAGUUCCACCCCUGUUACGCAUUUGUGGCUCUCGACAGACUUCAUCGGGACAUAUCCAGUAGAUGGAAGGACCAAGAUCGAUCAGACGCGAGGGACGCCGUACUUUGUGGUGUCGCCGCCAUCGGCAGCCUCUUCUCGAAUACGCAGAAUUUGCCAACCGAGCAACGUCUUGUUGUACUUGCCAAACGCCUCCUAGAUCCAUCGACUGCAGGUCCUCCUUCCCUGCACCUGGCUACUGCAUGGCUACUCCACACGGUGUAUCUGCGACUGACCGCGAAGCCAGAAGAGGCAUGGCUGGCAAGCUGUACCACCCUCCACAUCAUCGAUGCGGCAGUGUCCAUGAAUAGUGUUGGAAUCAGCACCAUCCCUCCAUCUUAUGAGAACCAAGACAUCAAUGAUACUCGAAAGAGUCUGAUAGGUGUCGCGCAGCAUCUAAACAUUUGGCUUUCUUUCGAUCUUGGCAGGAGGCGAGUGGUGAUCCCAAAUCUGGACGCAUUCCCGUUAUCCGUGAAGCCAGGAGAAUUCACAGCGGAAUUAUUAGGUCUUCUUCCGUUUUCCGAGGUUUUGGACCCAGCCAACAAGCUGAGCUUGGACGACCUUCUUGUCACGCUCGUGGAAGUUCUAGACCGAACACACACAGAGCCGCCCUCAGUCCUCGCCCAGUGCAACUUGACGCUAUGCAUCUAUCGCAGGCUCCAUUCGUCCAGUCUGGUCAUCACACAUACCGUCAAAAGCAAGGUCUUUGCCCAGUUGAAGAAGUCGAUCCAAGCAGUCCACUCAGCGAUUGCUCAAGGUCUUCCGUGGCACCAUGUAGCCAACAUCCCAUUCCAAGUGUUUUGUAUGCUCCUUUUCAUUGACACUGUGGAGUCGUUUGCGAUCCUCGGCGAAGCCUUGGCCUGCAUUGUAGCUGUCAACAACGCAUACCAGACCGAAGCAACGCGCGAAGCAGCGACUGCGGCCUACACGCUAGUUGAGCUGCAUCGCAAACGGAGAGAGACGGAGAUCCGGAAUCACACUGACAUGCUGGAUUUGUACCCUUCACUGGAUCCCCAGGUCCAGGAAGCGCAGGAUGACCUUUUGAGUGGAGAUGCACUGCAGGAUUCUUGGUGGUUCAAUCAGUUCCUGGCUCAUCCAGACUUUCUCGGCUCCUAAAUGGAUGUCAGACGGGUCGCAAGCUCUAUCGAGACUCAGAUUCACUCUCACUCUCACUCCUCCAAAAUUUGCCGAGCAUAUGUUUAAAUCUUCGAUGCGAAAUUCACUCAUUUACAGACCUGCCGCACACUCACAAGCUACCCCAACUAAGGUGUCAAACUAAAUGACAAUGGCAUCAGCAAAUCGUUUCGCAGUGUUCAGCUCUGACAUAUUGUGAGUUGACUGAUGAGCUUCU